AUGGCUGCUCGCGCCCACGCUCCCGCUCCUCCUAUUCCUUCCUGCUGCCACGGCUCCACUUUGCCCCCACACGCUUCUAACUCGGUCCAGGGGCCCUGGGCCAGCGAGGGAGAAGCACCCGCUGCCCGCACCAGCCUCUGCACCACGCACCCUCUGGACCCUGGGCCCCACCCUGUCCUCCCCCGGGGCAGAUCCACUUCACCCCGCGGGCUAGGUGUGUGCCCAGUGCCAGCCCUUCCUGCCCCUCGUGCCCCCGGAGCAGCUGUCAACCCCGGAGUCUCACUGCGUCACUCCAGGUGCUCCUGGAGGAAGGGGCGGAUAUUUAUCUCCUCGAGUUUGCACUUCAUGCGUGAGGGGCUCUCAGGUUUGGUGUCCGGCCAUCCCCCAGCCUGGCGUUCUGUCACUGUCGUGUGUCUCUGCCAGCAGUGGGUCUGGAGGGCGGUCAGCGGCAGCGCGUCCACCCACCCACUGGCUCCCCUUCCAGAGGUCGUCUCUCUAGUUUGGGAUCUUGCAUGUGACAUACUCCCCAAUAAACAGACAAACACUCCGUCCUGUGUGAUCUCUGUCCAGAGGGCCUGCCGCCCGGACCACCUUUCUCUGAGCACGGCCCCCACCACAUGCGCACCUGUCCCCUUUGGUCACCCUGGGGCACAGCCUGCUUGGGGACGCUGGUCCGAGCUGCCAUCAACCCGCCACAGCCGGCCUGAUUGCUCAGACCAGGGGCUGUGGUUCUUCCUGUCUCUCCCGUGCCCAGGAGUGUCCAGGCCUGAGCCACCUCGUCGCGCCCUUGAGGCCCUGGGACAGGGCUCAGGUGCCCCUGGCUGGGAAGUGUCCUUGAUGCUGGGGCCCGAGCCUCUGCCCAGGGCAGGACCCGAGCAGCCCCUCCUUGCCGACCUGACCAGUCAUCCUGCAGGCUCUCAGGGCUGAAGCCCAGGGGAGUCCUGGACAGUCACCUCCCCCCACCACCCUAGGCAGGGACACAGCACAGGCCUCUUUCGGGCCUGGAGUGUCUGACACGGGGCUGGCGGCUCAGGACCCACGCUCCCCAUUCACGAGGACGGGGGACCCCCACGC